AUGGAUUCCGAAAUCCCGCUUCCUCCUCCGAGCGACCUUUCCUCCGCCUCCACGAUUGCUUCUUCGUUCGUCGCUGCUGCUGCUGCUGCUGCACCAUCUACCACCGUGUCCACGUCGCUCGCAUUCUUCCGAAACCACUUGCGUCUGUUUUCCCGCCCGGAAGAGUUUGGACCGAAGGAGAUGGCGAUAGCUGCGUUGUGCGGUGCUGCAACUCUGAUCGACAGCGACGACGGGAAGCAGGCGGUGCUGGCGGAGGUAAAGGAGCAGGAGUUGCAGUUGCAGUAG